AUGAAUAUGUUGGAUGAUGAAGAUGACCAAAUCUUUCACGCUACGUGUGACGGCUACUCCCAUUUGAGCAAUGUCGAAUGGGAUGCGGUUGAACGAAUGGGUUCAACCAUGGGCAUCCAUGCUGUUAGCGUCAUGCUAGAGGCUCUCAAUAGAGAUGCCCAACAUGCUACUAUCUCCAAGUUCAUUCAAAAUAAACUUGACGCAGAACGCGAGAAAGUAGCCUUGCUUCACCAACAAGGUUCUCAACAAGCAGAGUUGUUGAGAGAACAGGGUGCUCAACAGUUUGAACUGUUGAGACAGCAGCAGGCUGCUGCUGGUGGGUCGAUGCAUUCGCGUCGACCCGAGACCUUGAAGAUUGACAUCUCCAAGUAUAGGGGAGUCGAAGAGGACUUCUUCUUGAGAUGGUUCGUCGAAUUAGACGACGCCAUAUAG